UCUUUCUCCACCCUACACUCUCACUAUUUCUUUAUAACCCGUCGCUCCCUCUGCCCUGUUCACUCUCUACAGGCUUGAGGUCUAGCACUUGUUCACUUUCACUUUCAUUUCCCCACACAUUCCUUCACAGAGAUAUCGCAUCUCUAGCGGUCAUUACGACACAAACACCAGUCCCUACACCUGAACUGCUAGCCGGUUCACCAACAGCCCUCCUUCCCUCAAUUCGCUAUCUAGCACACACAGCUUAACCAGCAAAUCUACCACCGACAACAUGAAGUCCUCCCAGGUUCUUGUUUCCGCCCUCUGCGCCUCCAUGGCUGCUGCAUUUCCCUUCAAGCGCGACCUCGUCUACAAGACCGAGCUUGUCAUUGAGUCCGUCAUUGUCUACACCACCGUCUGGGAAGACGACGUCCCUGUCGCCGAGGCCACCACCACCGCUGGAGGCUACUUCUACGAGCAGCCCUCCGAGGUCAAGACCACCCCUGCUGUAGUCUCCACACCUGCCGCCGUCUCUACGCCUGCCUACACUCCCUCUCCCGUCCCGGAGCCCUCAAGCGUCUACACUCCUCCUGUCGAGACUCCCGUCGAGACACCUGCCGCGCCCUCCUCUACUGAGGUCGUUGUCUCUUCUGCUGCGCCUGCUCCCGCGCCCGUUGUUGAGACUUCGUCCGCGCCUGCCCCAGCUGCGCCAACCACCACUGAGGCAGCCUACACUCCCGCUCCCGCUCCUGCCACCUCUGCUGCCCCUGCUGCCACCUCCGCUGCUCCUGCUGCCGCUCCCGCCCAGGAGCAGUCUACCGAGUCCUACGGCUCCUCCAGCACUGGUGAGAGCUUCAGCAGUGUCGACAUGACCAUCAACCCCGUCGACGGUGCUCUUGGCGCCUGCGGUGAGCCCAUGUUGCCUACCGAGCUGACUGUCGCUCUUGCCCAGCCUGCCUGGGGUGCCUCCACCUACGAUGUCAUGACUGGUAAGGCCACCAACAAGUGGUGCGGACAGAAGAUCAGGAUCGAGUACAACGGCAAGUCUGUUGAUGCUACCAUCAUGGACAUGUGCCCUGGUUGCGCCGGUCAUGACAUCGAUCUCUCUGACGCUACUUGGGAUGCCAUUGGCAUGAAGGAGUGGACUCGCGUCAAGGGUAGCUGGUCCAUGAUCAACUAAGCGACCACUACUACCUCUCCUUCACCAGUCUUUGACACAGCUAGCUGAAGUGUAGCAAGGCUACACCUAUGAUCAAUAUACCCAAGAUUCGCUAGCGCAGGCUGGUCAGCGCUUUGCACGACACUUUACGAUAUGCCUUCCCAUGUUUUGCAUUAAGCGGAUCAAUCAUCCGGAGUCCAGAAAAUUGCCCAAUUAGGGCUUGGUUCGGUUCGCUCAGAACGUCGCUUCUCCCGCACAGAUCUCAUGGUGUAUAUGAGGGUUUGCUGGUCGUUUGAAGUUGACUGUUUCUUUCACACUUCUUGUCUCUCCUUGACAUCAUUUAUAUCUUCUUCGUGUACACAUUCUUAUCUAGGGUUGGUGCAUGGUUUGGAUACCCAUUCACUUUGGACAUUGAGUUUCUGAGGCUCAAUUCGCAAUCGUUUGAUAUACAGAAAAUGAACAACAUUCACAA